CGAGCGGAUGGAUAUUUAAGGGUGGUUCGCCCGGGGGGCGUUACCCUAACGGUGAUUUGCAUAACCACAACAAGCUUUGAGCAUGGCAACUUGUCACGCUGUUUGAGUAGCAUAGCUUCUCAUUCUGAUUUCACAGCGAUUAAUAGAUCCCAACCAGGGAAGCCACGAUGUCCGUCAUGGCUGCUAGGGGCCGGGAACUCACCCGGGAGUCGUUCGGGAGGGCGUCGACGUGGAGCGCGGGCGAGGGCUCGGGCUCCAUCGAGGUGCACGACCGACAAGCGGCGGACCAGCUCGCCCUGGCCAGCCGACGGGAAAUGGAGCAAAUUCAGAGACUGAAGGGGACAAGUCGCGGGCGCAGCGUGGUCUCCAGUCAGCUGUACCGCCCUCGGUCCUCCCCGACCGGUGGGAAUCGAACCCUGUGCCGGGACCAGCGGGAGGUGCGGAGCGCCCACAGCACCAGGACCGGCUCGGCUGUCUCACAGGCGGACAGGAUCCAGGACUGGCUCAACAAGAAGUCUGUGCAGGGCAUCCAGGAAAAGUACGACCCAAGCAGUAAAGACACAAAACGGAUGUACUCACAACUACUGAAGGAAGAGGACACAUUUGUACAGGGUCUGCAGUCCAUGGUAGAUUACAAGAGUUUCCUGGACCUGAGAAAGCGAGAGAUUCUCCACAAGAAGUGGGAGGAGCGGGUUCACGACCCCCUGCGGAGGGAGAUACGGAGGGAGAUGAGCGGCCCGACCUACCCGGAACUCGACAGGACGAAACGAACGCUGCACCAGAAGUACCUCGACUAUCACAAUAAAAAGGGUACAGUGUUCCUAGACACCAUGUCUCCUAAGGAGUACGACCCCCUCAUUCUCAUCAGCAACAGGCCACAGCCUCUUAAGCUAAAGAUGUUGAUAUUUUUCCCCCAGGCACAGACAUCGUUGUUAAGAGAUCCGCUCAUAUCUCAGGGCAGAGAGAGGACAGAUGAGGACAGAACUGUUAUAAGAUGUCUCACAGGUAAAACCCUUUCGGAGCGUGAGGUGGAGCAGCACCGGUUGCCGCAGCUCCCCCUAGUGCCCCUGGGUAGGCAUGGCACCGAGUGUCAGACCUGGCUGGCCAUGCCGCUCACAGACAUCAACAGUGACACACGGCUCAAGAGCAGGCGGAGAAUGCAUGGAACCUACAGUACCAGCCACUUCGACUUCCCCACCACCUGGGCGGCACAACACGACGAGCCCUUCUCACUGGUGAUGGAGGAAUGGGAGAAUGACAAACGGUCCCUGUACGGCCACCAGAGAUUACCCUUCGCUGCAGUCGCUCCGGUCACCUCUUGAUGCUUCUAGUGUUAGUGUUACCGAUUCUUUAGUUAUUGUUGUUGCUCUUGAACUAGUUUACCUGUAAUAUCCAACACAAAAAUUGGACUGAACAGCACCAGUCUUUGUCAUCAAGGAAUGAACAAUCCACUGCUGUCAUGACUUCCUGCAACUUAUGAUCCACUACUCACUGAGUCACGAGUUCUAUCUGCAUAACGUGACGUCACGGCAGCAGUGGAUUGUUCAUUCCUUGACAAAGACUGGUGCUGUCCAAACUAGUUGAAGAAUGACUUCUACCAACACAGAUGAACUUUCAAGUUGUUGUCGCUCCCGUCACCUCGUAACGCUGCUAGACUUAAAGUCGAGGUGUUUUACCGAUUCUUUAGUUAUUGUUGUUGUUGUUGCACUGAAAACAGGGAUGUAU